AUUGUAGCCAAAAUAUUGGCAAAUUUUGUCAUUACUUGGCGCCUCUUUCCUGCUAAAGCUUUCUGUUUAUUUACAAAUUUCAAACAUAAUUCCCGCGAUUAUGGGGAAAUAUUUCAUUUUUUAUUAUUAUUCAAAAAUUAUGCUAGUAGUUGUGAGAAAUGACUUUUUUUAAACCAAUUAUUAAACUAAAAAUAUAAAUUAUGAUAUUUUUACAGCGAAUACAAUUGUAUUCUAAAUUAGUAAUACUACUGUUAUUUAUAUCGACAAUUAUUUUGUAUUUAUAUGUCACUAAUAAAAGUCCUUAUUUAAAAUAUAGCAUACUUUCACCUGAUAGGAUAGUUAACAAAGAUUUUAGAAUUCAUUUUAACCAAAAUAAUGAUUCGAGUCACAAAGGAUUGUUUCCAUCUGCGAAAAAUUUACCAAAAACGAACUCUAAUCUUAAUAAAAUGAUUUCACAUGAAAAUGGAAACAUAACGAGGUAUGGAAAUGGUACCGAAAUGGUGAAGCUUGCUGUUGUGCUAUGUGGAGACCGAUUAAACCAAACACUAAUUACCCUUAAAUCUGCUUUGAUAUUUUCCAAAGCACCUCUUCAUUUUAUAAUUGUCCUUGAUGAAGAUAAUCGUCAACUAUUGAAAGAAAAGAUAUUAAAAUGGCCAGAGAAAAUAUUAAAGCGAAUAUCCUUUGAGAUUCAUCCUAUAAGUUUUCCACUUGGUGAAGAAGGAAAUGAAUGGAAGAAGCUCUUUAAACUAUGUGCCUGUCAACGUCUCUUUUUGCCGUCCUUGCUUCGACAUAUUGAUUCAUUGUUGUAUGUUGACACAGACGUGGUUUUCAUCCAUCCUGUUGAGGAUCUAUGGUUGCAUUUUAGCAAAAUGAACAACAGUCAGAUAGCUGCCUUAAGUCCAGAGCAUGAAGAUUUUGCCACUGGAUGGUAUAAUAGAUUUGCUAGACAUCCUUUUUAUGAACCAUUAGGUGUGAAUUCUGGUGUAAUGCUUAUGAACUUGACUCGGAUGAGAGCAUUUCAAUGGGAAAAAUAUUUGACACCAAUUCUGAAAGAAUAUAAGCUGAAUAUUGUUUGGGGUGAUCAAGACAUUAUUAAUAUAAUAUUUCAUUUUCAUCCAGAUAAGCUGUACAUUUUUCCGUGUGCUUGGAAUUUUCGCCCUGAUCAUUGUAUGUAUUCAAGUGUUUGUUCAAGUGCAAAAAAAGAUGGUAUUGCUAUAAUCCAUGGAAAUCGGGGUGUAUUUUACAACAACAAACAACCAGUGUUUAAAUUCAUCUAUAAAGAAAUGCAACAGUAUGAUUUGGAGAAAGAUGUUCCUUCCAUGUUCAUACUACAGAUUCAGAAGUUACUGAAAGAAUCAGAAAAUACUAAUUGUGGAAAACAUUUAUCUGCAAUAUUCUCAUCUAUAAGUUUAAAUAAAACAAAUGUGUAUAGCAGAUGAUAUUAUAAAUUAUUAUAUAAAUUCAUAUCUCACUUUUUCAAGACUUCUGUAUUUUCAAUUUGCUGAAUGUGAUGAAAAUAAUAUCUUUCAAGGUUUUACCAUGUCGUAAACUUCUUUUUUAAUUCAAACAUUGAAAUUUAUUUUUAAAACAAGGCUUAAAAUUGUGAGUACUUAAUUUUCUGUUUAAAGUGUGUAAAAUUAACAAGAUUUUUAAUAUAACUUCUGACUCUAGUUUGUCAUGUAUUUUGUUUGAAUAUUUAAAAUUAAUUUGUUGAUUUAAACAUUGCUGGAAAUUCUUAUUUGAAAAAUGUUUGUAGAGUUGUAUUGGUUUUAUUUUUGAUCUAAGCUAAAAUUGCUUGUUUUUUUUUAUCUUUUUAAACUAUCUCAGCUCGCUAUGUUAAUAUAAAGUGUAUUCAUCAACAUAAAAUGUAUUCAUUGAUGGGAAUCAUCCAUUUUCCGCUUCUUUUUUAUUUUUUCCCUCCUUCUGAUUUUUGUUCGAUUUUAAUCUGAUUUCCGCCAAUAUGUGAAAAAAAAUUGGAUAUCACCUAAAAAGAAAUUCCGCAUUUCACUACAACGGGAAAAAUCGCGUAUUUUUUUCAUGUCUCGCAUAAAGGGAUUUAUACCGCCAAGAAUUGCACACUUAAUUUCAGAGUGCGCAAAAAUUUCACAUUUUGAAGAAUUACGAAUUUGAGAUGAAAUUGUCACAACUAAAUCGGGUCAUUGAUUGCUCAAAAGUGUGAAUGUGGAAUUUGCAGAUCAUAAGAUUCUGUAAAAAAUUAAAUCUACAUAUUAAAAAAUUUUUGGAAUACCUAAACUGUUGAAAUGGUGAUCAAUAAAACCACAUGAAGAAUAAGAUCAUCACAAAUCUAGUCAUGAAAAAGUAAUUCUAUAAAAUGUGCGAAUUUAAAUUUGCCAUGUAUGAUAAUGAAGCAUUGAACUAUGAAAAUUGGUAACAACUGGCAAAAAUGCAAUUGUAAAUCCAUGUGAGAUUUCAGGGGGGAGUCGUCAAUAAUUGAGUACGAAAUACGCAAUUCGGAGUUUGGUGAUCAAAAUAAUCUAUUAAAACAUUACAAUUUUAAAAAUAAAGUGAAAAUCCAUUUCAAUAGCUACCAAAAAAACUAUUGGCAAAACCAUGUGGAUUCACUGUGGAAUCGUCCCUGAUCGAGUAGAUUGAGAAAUCGUUACUAACUGAAAUGCCGAAUUCGGAAUUUGCAUCCAGAUUUUAAAAACCAUCUGGAAGUCUGUAACAAAAUAUUUCAAAAUACCACAACUACAUAAGCCACGUGAAUUUAUUCACUGUUUAUUGAAAUUGACGUUAAUUAUUGUCUAUUUGUUGUUUUUUAUUGAUUUAGGAUGUUUUGAUAUUUGUUUACCUUAAAGACUUAUUAUCCCAAAAAAUCUAUUUUCCGGACUUGCUGAAGUCCCAACGACUCCGUAUAUGAGAAUUUCCACUGCAUUUCACUAUUAGAUUAUUCCAAUAUAAAAACAAAGCUUUUGUUUGUAUGAAAGAAAUCAACUACGAAUAUCUAUUUCCGAUCAGCUUUUAACAUUCCUGUUUAUAACAUUUUAAAUAAUUGUUAAAUAAAUGAUAAAACCAUUUCUCAAAAACUUUUGAUAAAUUAAUGUCUGAAAUUAGAAGAACUUUUCAUCAAGAAUCUAUGCAAUAUGGAAUCUAUGCAAUUUUAUCAAGAAUAGUUUUUAAUGUAAUUUGUAACUUAUUUGAUUCUAGAGUAUAAAAUUUGUAUAAAUGCAGCAAAGCACCAUUUAUAUACAUUUUUAUUGAACUAAUAAGUAUGUGUUUUUGAGUAGAAAUGAAUAUAAGUGAAUGCAUUACUACUCCAAUGGUUCUGCACAAAGAAACCAUCUUUUGAUGUACAUUCUUCUCUCAUAUCAAACUACUUUUUUUCAUAUUAGGUAUGAAAAUUGUUCAUCGAUGGCAAAAAGUCUUAAAAAUUAGCCCUUUAACUUGAGCACAUGAGAGCUAUGGUAUUUUCAUUCAAAAUAUUAUUAUGUUUAACUCGUAUAGGAUAUUUCAUAAUUCUCCAUUUCCUGGAGGCUAUAAUCGAAAUUCUUUGACUGAUACAGUAUAAAUGAACCUUGCUCAAAGUACAAAAAUCAAUCAAGUAUUUUUUUAAGAUAUCUCUUACAGGUACAAUCAAAUUUGCUUUUAACGAGUCCUGAUAUAACAUAAGCCCAAAUUUAGUGAAGAAAUCGGAAAUACUUGAUUGGUACAAUGUUAAGUCUAUUCGAGCAUAGCUGGCUUUUAACGAGCGAACCCCAGUUUUAGCAAGCAAUAUUUUUAUGAUUCAUGAAAUUAUUACCUAAUUCAGUUGAGCUAAUCCCUUCUUGGAAAAAUUUCUUUUUGAUGUUUUCCGGGUUGUCAAAUUUCCUUUCAAUGCUUGUCAAUGAAUUCUUUUGAUAUUUAUAAUGUUUUUCAGGUCACAAAUCUUAUCUGAAGAACAGUAACACAUUUCAAAGCAAAUUAACUAACUUCUUUUGUACUGUAAAAAAUAAUAAUAAUAAUAAAUCACGUUUUAUAUUUGUAUUGUUAGCUUAUGUUAAUGAACAUAUAUGAUUUUUUCACAAACCCAUUUUUACGAGCACUCAGUUGUAAUGAGCCAAUAUUACAGUUCCUUUGCACUUGUUAUAAACGAAUUCAAUUGUAUUUGAUAAAGAGAAUUCUUGUUGUAUGGCAAGCAUUAAUUUGAUUUGGUAAAAAUCAACAUUUAUUUCUUAUAAGAAUUCUUUCAAUAUGGUACAGUUGAUGAGUUUUCUAAAAUAUUUGUUACUAAAGGAAAAUGUUAGCUUUAGAUAGCAAUAGGGCACAUCCUAUUAAUGCCAUCAUUGAUGGAGAAAAUGCUAUUAAGGUUAUUUUUUAUCUGGUGCUGUUUUUAAAGGGUUUUGUGUGU